AUGGCGAUCUCAAAUGGCUCUUCGGAAUACCCGUUUAUGAAUGAGCCUCCAAAAAUUAAACCCCACGGGCUGGUCAGCUACUUCCUAGGUGGCAACCGGCCGUUGGAUGAGGUGACCCAUCGCUCGCCCGAAAAUGGCCUCGACCGAAACCUGAAGUCGGUGUUCGAUAGAAAGCCAAAUCAAAAGCUGUGGGACGGCAUCUACUACUGGGUGAACGAUGGCUCCGUCAAUAUUAAAGAAUUUACGCCAAUUUCACCAAAAGCCCAACGCGCGAUGCGGGCUGCUGCUCGCUUUUGGGACAGCGUGAUGUGUAUUCCGUUUCAAGAGGUCAGCGGAUCGGAGGCUUUAAAAAACGUCGAAUGGUGGAGAGGCGACCAUGGCCAUGAGCACCACCAUCCUGGACAUCACUUCCUGUUCUCGCAACAUCUGCCUGUACGCGAAGCGGCCCACGCGACUAUCGGAUGGCUUCACACGGUGGACGCGGACCUCCAUCUACCGCCAAAUCUGAUGCACCUCGGUGAUGAGGCGAGCCCGAUGACGGUCAUCCAUGAAUUCGGCCACACCCUCGGCAUGCUUCACAUGCAAAUGCGAGGGGAUCGCGAUGAGUAUAUACACGUGGAUUUUGCCGCAAUCGACAUUGCGCACUAUCACCUGCCCAACGAGAAAAACGCUAAUUUUAACCACAAAUGGACACAGGACCGCUAUGCAGAGUUUCCGUACGAGUUCGGCAGCACGAUGCACUACUCGGCCGCGGCAUUCGCGAAGCACGGCGCCGAGACGAUGAACCCUCUGCCAAAAUUCGAGGUGUACCACGACACGAUGGGCCACGGGCUGCCGACGCUCUACGAUAUUAUGUCCGUCCAUCGGCACUACGGCUGUCAUACGGUUUGCCCCGAAAAAUAUGCACCUGAUCAACUUCCGAAAUGCGAGAACGGCGGCAUCAACAAUCCGAGGAAUUGCCGCGGAGAUUGUAUCUGUCCGGUCGGCUUCGCGCCGCCGCUGUGCAAGAUGGCGGUCACUCAAUGCGGCCGUGCCAUCGAGGUCGACCACCACCGCCGAUCUUUCCAGUUGGCCUAUCCAAAGUUCCGCGACAUUUUCGAUGACGAGCGUGCGUCUGGUGGUUCGAUUUACAUCCGGCACGAGGAGCGGCGCACCUGUACCUACUUCUUGAGGGCCCCACCCGGCUCGCGGAUCAAGGUCACCAUCGAGGGGCUGGAGUUUCACAAAUUUCGGGAUGACUGCGGCCGCGGCUGCCGGAAUUGUGGGCUCGAGUUCAAGCUGAUCUCGGAUCAUCGUUACACGGGCGCCACGUUUUGUCAAAAGUCCAAUGUCGGCCGGGAGCUCGUCUCCGAGGGCCACAUAUUGCCGAUCAUCGUCUACAACACGAUCGGCGGCGUGAUCGGCAGGAUUGCAUACGAAUUGACAAAUGAUCCGCCAACUCUGACGAUGGCCGACCUUCCCGGCUCCACGCCGACUUAUUCGCACCAAGAGGAAGCGCCUACCCUUCGCGAACUUGAUCCGUAUCACCCUAUCAACUACAAGGAUCCGAUCGACGAACAAUCGUGGCCAGAACUUCGUGAAACCUAUUUGAAUACCGGCAAUUACAACUCGCCGCUGGCGACACUGAUCUUCUGCGCCAUGUUCAUCUACCAAUUAUUG